UUUCUGGAGACUGGUAUUGCAGGCCAUCCUCUCUCUAGCAAAAACGCACCUCUGUUCCAGAACAAAAAUCCCUCUCGGGUUUCUAGCAAGUGUCGCGUCGUACAACUAUCUCCGUCCGUUCCUUCCCUUGCUUCUGCCAUCCUAUUGUGAGUUUCACUUUUCCCUAUUUCUCUUUCUCGCCACCUCUCCAUCGGAUGAAACCCUAAUCUCAAGUUCUAUCAAACGCUACUUCAUAUUCUCAUUAUUCACUAGUUUCUGCCACUCCACAACUUUCAUCCAUUCGGCGAUUGACGGUGCUUCUAUUCUACUGCCAGUUCUUAUUUCUCGCCUUUCUUAUAACACGCUCUCUGCUUCAUUUCUCACGAGCUUGUAGCUAUACGCACUUCCACACGACUCUCUCUCUCUCUCUCUCUCUCUCUCUCUCCUAUUCUUCUAGGGUUUUUUUUUUUCUUCACAUAAGUGAAGGCACAGAUCGAUGGCACGCAGGAUUCUGUACACGAGGGGCCCAUGAUUACGCAAUCCAAAUCGUCGAUUGAGGGGGAAUGUCCUGGAGAUAUUCUCCGAUCAGAAGAUUCUAGCCACAGAGAAGUCCAUGUGAUGGAGACAGCUGUGGUAGAAAACUCACAUUCCUCGACAUCUCCUUCCAGUGAUGCAGAUCAUCACCCUGAAAAUUCAGUCCCAGAUCUUCUAGACGAUGGAGACAUGGAGCCAAAGCUUGAAGUCACUGAGGAAGAAGCUAUAAGUAUAAUGGAAGUCAUUGCUGCCACUGGGAAGUUCUGGCAUGAUUGGGAUAUGUUGAAAUGCUUACUUUCAUCUAGGCUGAAGCAGGUCUUGGCAGAGUAUCCUGAAGCCCAGAUGGUCAAUGACAUGAUCGGGCCUCAACAGAGUUCUUUAUCAGGGGAAAUAUAUCCAGAAGUAGUAAAAAGGUUGGAUGAAGCUCUCCUUAGCUUUGUUGAAGGUCCACCAUUUACCCUGCAGAGGCUUUGUGAGAUUCUGUUGACUGCACAAAGCGUAUAUCCAAAUCUCUCAAAGCUUGCUCUGGCAUUAGAGAAGAACUUGCUGGUAACAUCGACCCUGACCGUAUGUACUGAUCCAUACCCAUUGACCACAAUAAAGACAGCUCUGGAACUUGACAAAGGAAGUGAAGAGCCCCAAGCUCACCCCAACCCAACCCAAAAUGGCCUCCUAGCCAUUGUAGGCAAUGGUGAUGAAGAAAUGGUGGAUGCAGAGGUUGAUGAAGAUGAUAAGAUCCAUGAAGAUAGUAAUAAAACUGAGGAUGAUAAGAUCCAUGAAGAUAGUAAUAAAACUGAGGUUGAUGGAGAUGAUAAGAUCCAUGAAGAUAGUAAUACAACUGUGGAAAUGGAGACUGCUGAGGUUCCGACAAGUGAAGUGUCCAAACCAAGCACUGAGCCAGCUGCUUUACCAGAACUGUCUGGCAAUACAUCCCAAUCAAGCGAGCAUGCUGCAUUCCCAGAUGCGUUGGGCGAUCUAUCCCCUUCAAGCGAACAUGCUGCUUUCCCAGAACCGUCAGGUGAUCCAUCCGCAUCAAGCAAACAUUCCCACCCCACAGCAUAAAGCUUUUCUUAUUCUUCAUCCUCCCUUUCUGGGCCAUGAAUUUGCCCCCACAUUCUGAUGGAGGUUGCGGUCAGUUGGUGCAAGUUUGCAAUACUAGUGUAAACCAGAACAAUUGUCCAUGUUAUAUUCUGUUGAUCAUUUGCAACAUUACAUUCAUCAGAGAUGCAAGUCUUGCAAACGUGUUCUUGGCUCAUGAAA